AUGGGCUCACUAUACCGGCCCUCUACCAAGACUAAGGCCCAAGAAGCAGCAGCUGCCCUAUCUCCCGGAAAGAGAAAGUCUGAAGAAGAACGUCAACUCAUAUCUCUACGCAUUGCUCUGCAGCAGACCAUUUGGACGCUUGAUCCAGACUCCAAGCUUGCAAAGCAUCUCAAGCUGACGAUGGAUGAGAUACGACGCCACAACCUGACGACGUUACUUCCUGCAAGCCCUAUCAAUACGUCUCAAGAGUCGAACACCGAUAGAAAUGGCAACACUGCAAGUAUCGAAGCUUUUGGGGACAGCAACAUGGAAGAACCUGUUGCUUGUACUGAGACCACCCCCGAGCAGGCCGCGCACGAAACAGGCACAGAGGAUUUCUAUGAGGAGCAAGACCAUAUUCCUCUUGACGUUUCUGAGAAAAUGGCGACCUCCAGUGAGAGCAAACCAACAACACGUAAGCGCACGAUGGAAGACGAUGAAGCGACCAUGCCUCUUGCGAAGAGAGUUAGAACCUGGAUAGGUGGUGUUUUCACAUCCAGUGCGUAA